UUGAAAUGCCACUGCGCAUGCCCGACGAGCAUUAUUGAACAAACAUGGCGGCAUCCUACGUGACGGCAGUCAGGACAGCACUUGCAGGUGUUCCCUGUCGGUGGCUCCUGACGCAGAGGUGCCGAACCCCGGCAGUGUGUCGACGUGUGCGGCUUCACGUCUCCCCUGCUGCCGCCCUGUGCAGCUCCAGGAUAGAAACACAGAGGAGCAGCCAGCCGCACGGCACAGACGGCCGGAGAGCCGAGGAGGAAGAGGAGGAGGAGGAGGAGGAGGGUCCUGCAUACAUCCCCAAGAAAAAGGCGAAGAACCCCAUGGUGGUGCUCGGCUAUGCCUGGAUGAUAGGCCUCCCCUCAGGUAUCAUUGGCUUCCUCCUGACCAAGAGAGAAGUGGACAAGAACCGACUAAAGCAGCUGAAGGUUCGACAGAGGAUGAGUCGGUCGAAUGAGGGGGAAUAUGCAGGGAGCCGCUACCACCAUCGCACGGAGGAUGUCAAGCUGGACCAAUGAUGGAUGUAAUGUCGCCACCGAAACGGUGACUCCACUGAACUAAAGGCCCAAAGACUGAUUACAGAAGAGAUGUCAACUUUAUGAGCUUGAGCUUGAGCAGGAAAUCUAUAAAGGUUCGCGCUUGAGACUGAAACCUUUAAUCAGAACUGUUUUUGUUUUUUUCUUGCUCAUGAACAAAGAUGGAAAGUUGAACUUUCAAUUUGGAGAACAAUCACUUGUUUAUUAGCCGUGAUGCUGAUGGUCUAUAAAUAUGAUAAAGGGAAUAAAUGUAUCUUUAUUUAUUUGUGAAUACAUAAACGACUCGUCACUGGUCCAACUACAUCAAAACUCACAAGUGCAAAUGUUUGUUUUUUAUAUUAAAAGGCAAAGGUUUCCAAACACAUUCAAAAUGUUCUGCCUUAAUUGUUUUGAGUCACGGGUUGUAUAUAACUUAACAUAACAAAUAACAAGGACAAAUUGAUCUUUUUAGAAAAUUUGAAUAUAAUGCCUUUUUUUGGGUGACAUCACUUGUAACUUAACCUUCUGAUCUGAGCCCACCACCUGAUUUAACUGAAUUUGAAGGUGCAGGACAAUUCACUUCAACAUUUUAAAAGCUUAUUUUACUUGAAACGAGGGAGGAAUAUUGGAUAUUGUAUGUAUAAUUCAUCCAGUUCAAUUAAAACACUGACUAAAUAUCAAUAACAAUCACUGUAUAGUAUGUUGAACAAAUGUCAUGUCAUGUAGUAUUUUGAAAAAAAUAAAAAGAAUCAUAGUAAUUUCAA